AUUAUAGUCUUCGUUUUUCUCCGGAGAGCGAGAGUGAGAGAGGGGGAGAGAGACCUUGGGGGUUCGAUUGCGGCUCUCGAGAUGGUCGGGAUUUUCUCUAGGUUCUCCGGCAGCGUUCGGAGCGGCCAUCGGCGGACUCAGAGUGCAGUUGAUAUGACAGAGACAUUACCAUCUAAUGUUGAAGUAGGAAGCUCUGCACCAGCUGAUGUUGCACAUGGAAUUGAAGCAGCAGUUGAGUUCAAGCCAGUUGAACACCCAACCGAGCCAGUAAACCGUGAUCAACCUGUCAGAUGCCCAUUACCAGAACCUUCCAUAUUAAAUGAUGCAAGGAUUUGGAAAGAACGAAAGUCCUCUGCAAGCACAAGAGUGAGAACAGACUUGCCGGUGGUGAAGGAGGGAUCACAACUUGAGACAGAAACUGAGGGAACAAAGCCAAGACCAACACCGCCAAGACGACAUAUAUUGCCCUCAUUGAGUGCUCCUGAACAUGAUCUGAUUAACCUCCUGGAAGAAUGCAAUGCAGCUGGAGAUCGAACUGUUUGAUUUUUAUUACACAUUGUUGUAUCUAAUUUUCUGUGCUUUUCUCUCUUGAAUUACGUACAUUUUUCCUGGUAAACUUGUUGAUGAUACAAGGCUGAAUUAUGAUAUAGUUCAAUUAAAAUUUGACAUAUAUAUAUAUAUAUAUAUUGGAGUUUGGUGA